GUCGGCGGCGCGGGCGCGGAUCGCUCCCCGCCGCCGCGGCUGCCGAGGGACCGCCGCCGUCUCGUCGCCUCAGCGCCCAGGCGGGGCCCGGCCCGCGCCGCCGCCCGCCUUCCCCUCCUUCCCGGGCCGGGCCUGCGGGCCGUUCAUUUUAAGGAAUCUGUGAAGAUGAGAAGGGCUAUCUUAUGGUUUUCCGAAGGAUAAAGCAAUCGUGUCUGACAUGACGGCUAGAAAUGUUGGUGUGACUUCCACAAAUGGAGACUUGAAAGGAUUUAUAGAUCAGAACCAGAGUCCAACAAAAGGUAACAUCUCAGUCAUUACAUUGCCAGUUUCCAGCACCAACUCUCCCACUAAGAUUUUGCCGAAAACCUUAGGACCAAUCAACGUGAAUGUUGGACCCCAAAUGAUCAUAAGCACCCCCCAAAGACUGACCAAUUCAGGGAGUGUUCUGCUUGGGAGUCCCUAUAACCCAGCUCCAGCAAUGGUCACCCAGACACACAUCACAGAAGCUUCUGGCUGGCUCCCAGGGGAGCGAAAACGGACUCAAGAAAUCCUAGAGUCGGAUUUUUCCGAAAGUAAGAGAAGCAAGAAAGGAGAUAAAAAUGGGAAGGGCCUGAGGCAUUUUUCAAUGAAAGUUUGUGAAAAAGUUCAGCGGAAAGGGACGACUUCCUACAAUGAAGUGGCUGAUGAGCUGGUGUCAGAGUUCACCAACUCCAACAGCCACCUGGCUGCAGACUCGCAGGCUUACGAUCAGAAGAAUAUCAGACGGAGAGUUUACGACGCCCUCAACGUGCUGAUGGCCAUGAACAUCAUUUCCAAGGAGAAGAAGGAAAUCAGAUGGAUUGGCCUUCCCACAAACUCAGCUCAGGAAUGUCAGAAUCUGGAGAUAGAAAAGCAGAAGCGGAUUGAAAGGAUAAAACAGAAGCGAGCCCAACUGCAAGAACUGCUGCUGCAGCAAAUAGCAUUUAAAAACUUGGUGCAAAGAAAUCAGCAAAAUGAGCAGCAAAAUCAGGGCCCUCCCUCUUUGAACUCCACGAUCCAGCUGCCCUUCUUGAUAGUCAACACUAGCAAAAGAACCAUUAUAGACUGCAGCAUAUCCAGUGACAAGUUUGAAUACCUCUUUAAUUUCGAUAACACCUUCGAGAUCCACGAUGACAGUGAGGUGCUGAAGAGGAUGGGCAUGUCCCUGGGGCUCGAGGCAGGAAAGUGCUCAGCUGAGGACCUCAGGACUGCAAAAUCACUGGUGCCCAAAGCUUUAGAAGGCUACAUCACAGAUAUGUCUGCAGGAUUUUCAUGGAUAAACCAAGGGUUACUUUCAAGUUCAGCACAAGCAGUUUCACAUUUAGAGGCAGCUGGAGGCACUUGCAAUGAUAAAUCAAGCGGGCACGCAGGGCACUGUGAGGACGCGGAGGUGGCCGCGGCGAGCGCGCAGCUGGUGGCCCUGAGCGCGCAGCAGUCCCGCGGGGACACGCCCUGCUCCUUCAACGACGACGAGGAAGAGGACGAAGAGGAGGAUUCUUCCUCCCCAGAGUGAGGAUGGGAGAGAAUGGAGCGUCCAAAAUGCUGCUCGAGGCGUUCCUGACGCGAGUUCCCGUUUGGGUGUCACCGGUUCCUCGCCUUGUUUCGCGCUGUGCUCAGUGAGGUGAAAGGGACGCUUCAAAACCUGCUGACCCACAGCUGGAAGAGAAAACUUUGUAACCGAGCACAGAGGGACACGGACACACUGAGCACAGGGGGUUUCAUCAGCUAAAACCCGGGAAAAGAACAAAGUUCUGGGAGAUUUGGCAAAGCAAACCCCAAGCUCACCCUUUCCAUUGUGGGACUCGAGUCUCUGCCUUCCCCGUGUCUGUGCCAGACGGAGACGAGAACGGAGUCAGUCAGAAAGGGCAGCUCUUGCACUGUCUUUUUGCUGUGCUGCCUUUGGAAAAAGGGGGAGGGAGAGCACGGCAAAUGCGCUAAAAAAGCUAUUUAAAUCUAUCUUCUAUGAAAAUGGUUAGAGGGAAAAGGGGCUGCUAAAAUGUUUGCUUUUUUUUCUGUUCAACUUGCUGUAUAGAAGAUUCUUAAAUAACACAAAUUGCAAGUGAUUAAACGGAUCUUGGAAUAGUUUAAAUCCACUUUAGAUACUCUAAAAGUAAUAUUAGCAUAAAAGGUUCGUAUGUUCAUUUCUACUGCAGACCUAAUUUAUUAUAAAUAAGUGAUUAUUCUUAGCCAUUAUUAAAACAGUCAGGGAAAAAAAAAACAGUAUUCUCUGCACCAGCUUUUUUAAGGAAAAAAGUAAAAAAAAUAUUGUAUUUCUAGACUACAAUGUAUCCAGUGUAGCUUCUUUACUGUUCUAACUUUAUAGAAUCCCUUUGAUGUUCGAGCAUGUGUUGGAUAUUUUCCAGAAAGGCCUCCCACCACGUUAAGGUUCUCCAGGCAGCGUGUUUUCAAGGCCAUGUUUUCAGAUGUGGGCUGGGCAGGUCACAUAACUUUUUUAAAAGUCGUAGGCUGAGGUUCUUAGGAAAAAAAAAUAAAAUUUCCACAAUA